CAAAAUCAGAAUCGAUUUACUAUUAUUCUGCUAGAAUUUAGACGAAGAGAAUUCAGAAACAUGUGCAUAUUCACUUGAUCACUUCCAAUCUAGGGUUUAAAGUUAGCCCCAAUUGCAGCUGACUGACAAUGUGGUGAAAAUCUCGUUAAGUAACCCGGAGACGUUAAUAUUUAUGCACGACCUGAUACAAACCCUAAUUCAGAUGAAAGUUUUGAUUUAAGAGAUAGAUCGAGGGUUUCAGUUCGAAAACAAACAACAAUGGCGAGAUGGUCUGGAGGUCUCCGAUGCUUGCUUUUGCUAACUGCAAUUGCAUUUAUCUACACACAGGUGAGGCUGUUCAAGGCACAGUCUGAGUAUGCUGAGAAGAUUACAGCUGCUGUGGAAGGGGAAAAUCAUUGUACGAGCCAGAUGCGGUUACUAAUUGAUCAGAUAAGUAUGCAGAAGGAAAGGGUUGUGUCUUUGGAGGAAAUUGUGAAACGCCAACAAGAAGAGCGUGAACAAUUGAGGACACUUGUUCAAAAUCUUGAAAGGAAAGGUGUGAAAAACUUGUUUCAACAAAAUCAGGUGCCAGUGGCAGCAGUUGUUAUUAUGGCUUGCAACCGUGCUGACUAUCUUGAAAGAACUAUUAAAUCUAUCCUUAAAUAUCAUGCUUCUGCAUCAUCAAAGUUUCCAAUUUUUGUAUCCCAGGACGGGUCAAAUCCUGAUGUUCGAACAAAGGCUAUGAGUUACAAGCAGUUGACCUACAUGCAGCACUUGGAUUAUGAACCUGUGCAUACUGAAAGGCCCGGAGAGCUAAUUGCAUAUUACAAGAUUGCACGUCACUACAAGUGGGCACUUGAUCAACUGUUUUACAAACAUAGAUUUAAUCGGGUCAUCAUACUUGAAGAUGAUAUGGAGAUUUCUCCAGACUUUUUUGCUUAUUUUGAGGCUGGAGCAGACCUCCUUGAUAAAGAUAAGUCCAUCAUGGCCAUAUCCUCAUGGAAUGACAAUGGGCAAAAGCAAUUUGUGCAUGAUCCUUAUACGUUAUAUCGUUCGGAUUUUUUCCCUGGUCUUGGAUGGAUGCUAUCUAAAUCUACAUGGGAUGAGCUAUCUCCAAAGUGGCCAAAAGCUUACUGGGACGAUUGGCUAAGAUUACAAGAAAAUCAUAAAGGGAGACAAUUUAUCCGUCCAGAAGUUUGCAGAACGUACAACUUUGGUGAGCAUGGUUCUAGUCUGGGCCAGUUUUUUCAUCAAUACCUAAAACCCAUCAGGCUGAAUGAUCGCCCGAUUGAUUGGAAAUCGAUGAACUUGACCUACUUAAUGGAGGAUAAAUUUGUCAAACACUUUGGAGACUUGGUAAAAGGUGCAAGUCCUGUUUUUGGAACUGAUCUUAUUCUAAAGAUAAAUAAUGUAAAAGGAGAUGCACGCAUAGCAUAUAGAGAUCAAGAGCAUUUCGAAGAAAUUGCUCGCCAAUUCGGUAUAUUUGAAGAAUGGAAGGAUGGUGUACCUAGAACUGCAUACAAGGGAGUAGUUGUUUUUCGGUACAAAGCAACAACGCGAAGAAUAUUCCUGGUUGGGCCGGAUUCCUUGGAACAGCUUGGGAUCCAAAACUAAUAGAGGUACACAAUCUUUCUAAUUUGUCACAUUUUCAUAUUAAUUAAGAAAAUAUAUAUAGGAACGUUUUAAAAUUUCCUUAUGUAAGUUCAAAUUGUUGAGUUUGUACAUUUGGAGUACUAGUUCUUACAUUGGAUCUAGCAGUUUUGAAUCAUAUAAUUUUUGAAAUUGAUUUUGACAUAGUAUUGGAGUUUCUUUUGUAAUUCUGAGAAACCAUUUGAAGUUGCAAGACAGUUGGCUGAUUGAACAACACUCGAGACACAAGUUUAAGUGAGAUCUUUCUUGGGUGCAAAAUUCCCGUGUAACCCGAGUUGAAUGUAUGGGGUUUUAUGCUCUGCUAUUUGAAAAGUUUCUUUGGGUUAGCUUGGUUCGGAGUUGGUUAGAAUUAAUCGAAACCAGAACUGAAGCAGUUUCACCUUUUGUGGGUAAAAGUUUGAUAACAGUAUUGCUUCAUCUUUUUAUCUAGAUUUAGGGUUAGUAGCGGGGGUGUCCACAGUGGAAUUUCUGGACCACACUGAUAACUAUAGUUUUGAAAUAGCACAUCAAUCCGGUUGGUUUGUUAGGUGGUGGACCGGAUUAAAAAAGACAGUUUGGGCAUUAACCUUCUAAAAGAUGAAUACUAGAGAUGUACAACUUAAAACAAUUAAAUAUAUCAGAAAAGUUGAGCUCGGCUGGUUUAUUUCAAUGUUUUCAGAACCGGACCGGAUGUCGAACCGGAAAGUGUCGUAAAUGUUAUAAAUUUAAUUGGGUUAAAUCUGAAAUAAUAUAUAAAAAAACCGGUCCAACCCUUAUAAAAACAGGUUCGACCGGCUAGUUUUCCCGGUCCAACCUCGGUUCAAUGUAUUUCCGAUGCGAUACCAUGACCCGGAUCGGCUCAACCUCCGGUUCAAUGUAUUUCUGGUGGUCUGAAAACAUUGAUUUAAUUUACUUUACCCGACCGAUUUCAAGGCAUAAAUCACCGGUUAAAUAUGCUUUCGUCUAACCCGUGAACCAAACUGUAUAAAACCGGCAUGGUUAGAUUGUUAACUUUAUCUUACAAGACAUCAGAAUUCAAAUCUACCAUAGGAAAUUAUUCUCACAACCCCACAAAGACAAGUUGAAAAUUAAAGACAAAAAAGACAAAGGGGCACUUUCGUCAUUCCCCCCUCAAUUUUCAAAUUCUGUGCUCUCUACAUCAUCACUCCCAAAAAAAUAUGGCAGCUGUCACCAGCCCAUUUCCCUCUACCCUUUAUAAAUUCCCCAUUUCCAUUCACUAUACAUCUCACCCACCCAUUUUAUCCCAUACCAAAAUGUCCAUUCUACCCCUCAGCAUAUUCAUCCUCCUCACCACCACCGCUGCUUCUCUUCAAACCCUAAACACAAACACCUUCGUCAACCCAAAACUACCACCCAUCACCUUCACAGAUUCCAAGAAAAAUGAAGGUUCAUCUGAGCUAGUGAACCUCCGGUACCACAUGGGUCCGGUUCUUUCAUCUCCGAUCAACAUCUACAUAAUCUGGUACGGCAAAUGGGCCCCAUCUCAAAAACUAACAAUCAAAGACUUCAUACGAUCAAUCUCCACCACCAACCACCGUGCCGCCCCCCACCCCUCCGUCUCUGACUGGUGGAAAACCGUCACACUCUACACCGACCAAACCAACGCCAAUAUCUCCGGCAACAUCCUCAUUGCCGGAGAAUAUUCCGACCGAAAAUACUCUCAUGGGACCCACCUCACCCGCCUCACCGUCCAAGACGUUAUUGCCACUUCCGUUAAGUCAGCUCCUUUUCCUGUUGAUCAUAAAAACGGCGUUUAUUUAGUACUGACCUCAGGUGACGUCACGGUUCAAGAUUUUUGUCGGGCUGUUUGUGGGUUCCACUAUUUUACUUUCCCUUCAAAAGUUGGGUAUACUUUACCCUACGCAUGGGUUGGGAAUUCGGGUAAACAGUGCCCCGAAGUUUGUGCUUACCCGUUUGCGGUUCCGGGUUAUAUGGGUAGUGGCGGCCCGGGUUCGCUUGCUCCACCCAAUGGUGACGUUGGAGUCGAUGGGAUGAUUAGCGUCAUCGGUCAUGAGCUCGCGGAGCUUUCGUCUAACCCGCUUGUGAACGCGUGGUAUGCGGGUGAAGACCCGACCGCCCCAACGGAGAUUGGGGACUUGUGUGAGGGGUUAUACGGGUCGGGUGGUGGAGGCGGGUAUAUUGGUCAAGUGAUGAAAGAUGGGUCGGGUCGGACUUUUAAUAUGAAUGGGAGACGGGGUAGGAAGUUUAUGGUGCAGUGGAUAUGGAGCCCCGUUUUGAAAGCUUGUAGUGGGCCUAACGCUUUGGAUUGAUUGAUUGUACAUUGAGCUUUGAUGAUUGUUGCAAUCUCAAGGGGGUAUAUUGGAAGUUGGAGGGCUUGUGAGGAUUUCUUCUUUGUUUUGUUUUAGGUUUUUUUUGAUUCUUUGGUCACUUAAUUUUGUAAUUUGUUUGUUUUUUUAAUAAUCUCCAAGUAAAUAAAACAAGAAGGAAAUCUUUACUUCA